AUGGAUGAGCCCUUGGCGGUAACCCUAUCCAGGGUGAAAGAAUCGAUCCAGCAAUACGGUAGCGGCGCUAGCGGCGCCAUUUUCUCCAAUCUCGCGGCGCUCGUCCAGAGAUGCGGCAAGCUCAGCGCGAUCGCGGAGGCCAGGCAAGCGGAGGAUCUCAUCCUCGGAUCCGGGCUGGGAGGCGACAGACUGCUGGGGAAUCUGGUGAUCCAGAUGUAUGGGCGCUGCGGUGAUGUCCAGGGUUGUCGAUCGGCGCUGGCCCGGAUCAAGAGCCCCAAUGUGUUCUCGUGGACAAUCCUGAUCGAGGCAUUUGCCCAGAAUGGGCAUUUGUGGGAGGCGGUGGAGGUGUUUGAGGCGAUGCCUGAGAGGAAUGUGGUGUCAUGGACGACUAUGGUGAAAGCGUUUGCUAGCUAUGGGGAGAUUGAGCGGGCGAAAGAGAUAUUUGAGAAGACGCCUGGGAAGAAUGCUACGACGUGGAACGCGAUGCUAGCCGCAUUUGCCGAGAAUGGGCAAGAGGGACAGGCCAUAGAGCACUUUGGACGCAUGAACUUGGAAGGAUCUAAGCCGGACUCUAUCACCUUUGUGAUCAUUCUCAACGUUUCCUCCCGCGCUGCGGGCUUCUGCUCAAGAGCUAAGGUGAAGAUCCUCCAGACGAUGAUCGAGAGUGCUGGAUUUGCCGCUGACUUGAAGAUUGGAAAUGGAUUGAUCGGCUUAUUCGGCCACUGCUGUCCCGACGAAGCGAGGAGGAUUUUCGAUGAGAUGCCCGAGCGAGAUAUAGUUUCGUGGAACAGCAUGCUGUGGGUUUAUGCCAGCAACUCUUUCGCGGACAAAGCUAGAAAUUUCUUCGAUUCCAUGGUUGCAAAGGACGUGGUUUCUUGGAACACUAUGAUCGCGUCAUACGCUCGUCAACUUGGCAGUGGCAAGAACGUGAUGGAGCUCUUCCACUUGAUGUGUUUAUCAGGGAAAUACACGGGAGAGUCUACGAGGAUGGACUUGGAAGCGAUGUUGUCGUCGGGACUGCUCUUGUUAACACGUAUGGAAAGUGUGGGAGCGUGCGGGAUGCUCGAAGAACACUAGGAGAGAUUGAAAACCCGGACGUUA